AAACGUGUUCCUCUGUUUGGGGAAGUACCACAAACAAACGAGCCUUCUUCGUGUCCCCUUUUUCUAGUUAUUUGACUUUCAGCUUUACCGGUUUGUGCAAGUAAACAAUUUCCGCAUUGUACUUUUGGGAAAACGCGGUUUUGUGGUGUAUUCUGAAGCGUCAGGACACCAAACUCAGCGUGUCCGGGGAGAAGGGUUAGCUUUGACAGAAAUCUGCUGUAAGCGUUGCUGCUGCUCCGCUCUGAGGGACAAUGUCUGAUUUGGUUUUGCUGCUUCUGAUCAUCGUCCUGUUAGUUUGUCUGGCAGUGACCGUCGGCUGGCUGCUAGUGUACUCGGGGCUGCUGUCGGACGUGGUUGUUAAAACGGGGCCACCUCCUGUCAGAAACGUUACGGUCGCCUAUAAGUUCCACGAAGGCUCGUAUAAGGACUGCGGGGCUGCUUUCACGGAGAGCUGCAGCAUCGGGCCAAAGCUCCGCUCCAUCGGGGUCUUCUACGAUGACCUCAAACAGAGGCCACCGGAGAAGUGCCGAUACAUGGUGGGCAGCAUCCUGUGUGAGGGUGAAGAGAAGCUGGACGAAGAACUGCUGAAGCUUUAUGAGAAGUUUGGUUUCAAGGUGUUUUCUCUGCCAGAAGUGAGCCACGCCGUGACCACCAGCUUCCCGUACACCACCCAUCUGUCCCACGUGCUGGGUCCUCAUAGGGUUUAUCCACGACUCGCUUCCUACAUUGAGGAGCGGAAGCUUUGUGCCUUCCCCUUUAUUGAGAUCUACGGGUCAGAUGUCAUCAACUACAUGGUUCCACUGUCUCGCCAGACGGACUUCUUUGUGCCAGAAACUAAAGAGGAGCUCAAACCAGAUGUGAAAGAAGAGGACUCUGAUGAGGACAGAGGCACAGACAUAACAGGUGCAGACUCCCACAGCGACGUGAGCUCAGUGAGCGGCGGCGUGCCGUGGGACAGCAGAGAGACGUCCCUGGCAGCCUCCACCGCUGCCUCUCUGGCCUCCUCUCUGCCCCUGAGAGACAUAAUGGACACAAACGAAGACAUUAAGCUCAGGGACCACAGCGACAGAGGCUCCAGCAACUCUGUGGGCAGCGGCUCGUCCUUUGAAGAACUCGACAUGGAGCAGGAGGAGCAAGAGCAGGAAGAGGGGGAGGAGGAGGAAGAUGGGAGGGAAGAAGGCAUUCCUGAGGGAGAAGGUCAAGGUAGAGAAGCAGCUGAACUGGUGUCUGAGAAAAAGGAACCCCUGAGAGAAGGCGAGGCGUAGGGAGGGACAUAGUGAUGCAUCACCGGCAUGCUAGAGAGGUCCUCGGCUGUGCUGUGGUUGGUCUUUUGAGUAAUCAUGUUGGUGCGUCUAAAGUUCCUCACGCCUUCAUGUUUCUGCACCCUCUACAUUUCUAUAUGAAGCCUGUUGUUUUUAUAUAACAAAAUCUCACUUUUUAGACAAAGGUCUUCUUCAUUUAUCUAUUUAAACUCCAACAGUAGGUCACUUCAUAAUUUAAUCACAAUAACGUCAGACCCACCUGUCAGGGUCACGUCUCUGGCCCACAUCCAGGAGACGCGUCCUGACUGUGGUGGGCGGAGUUACAGCACCAAUGGGGUGUAGACCUGCUGCUGCUGCUUUAUAGAUCUCAUCCUGGUCCUGCUGCAUUCUGGGUUUGAAAAAAUGAGAAACAAAUAGUUGCUUUAAUAUGCAAUUUCAUCUCUGUUCUUGGGUUGUUUAAUCACUCUUUACUUUCUGUUUCUGGCAGCCAGAAGUUACUCUCCACCAGAGACUAGCUGUCACAUGUUUGUAAGUUAACAUUGUUGUGUUAGAAAUGAAGAAAACCAUGUUCGUCUCUCUGUGUGGAAUAAAAAGUUCAAACCAAA